GGUCCGGCGAGGCGCAUGACGUCUCCGUCGCGUCGUGCUGGCGUGAGUGGUAGCGUUCGCUCCGGGAUCCUGAAGGAGACUUGGAGGUACCUGGGCCGCGCUGCUUGGGUUGUAGGGAGCUGCCGCUGCCGCCACAGCCCGCACUCCAUGAGGAAGAUGCUCGCCGCCGUCUCCCGCGUGUUGUCGGGCGUCGCCCAGAAGCCGGCAAGCAGAGUGCUGGUGGCAUCCCGUAAUUUUGCAAAUGACGCUACAUUUGAAAUUAAGAAAUGUGAUCUUCACCGGCUGGAAGAGGGCCCUCCUGUCACUACGGUGCUCACCAGGGAGGAUGGGCUCAAAUACUACAGAAUGAUGCAGACUGUUCGUCGAAUGGAGUUAAAAGCAGAUCAGCUAUAUAAACAGAAAAUUAUUCGUGGUUUCUGUCACUUGUGUGAUGGUCAGGAAGCUUGUUGUGUGGGCCUGGAGGCCGGCAUAAACCCCACAGACCAUCUGAUCACAGCGUAUCGGGCUCAUGGCUUUACGUUUACUCGUGGGCUUUCUGUCCGAGCAAUUCUCGCAGAGCUUACAGGACGAAGAGGAGGUUGUGCUAAAGGAAAAGGAGGAUCAAUGCAUAUGUACGCCAAGAACUUCUACGGGGGCAAUGGCAUCGUGGGAGCUCAGGUGCCCCUGGGAGCUGGGAUUGCUCUGGCCUGUAAGUAUAACGGAAAAGAUGAAAUCUGUUUGACUUUGUAUGGUGAUGGUGCUGCUAAUCAGGGUCAGAUAUUCGAAGCUUACAAUAUGGCGGCUUUGUGGAAAUUGCCUUGUAUUUUCAUCUGUGAGAAUAACCGCUAUGGGAUGGGAACAUCUGUGGAGAGAGCAGCAGCCAGCACUGAUUACUACAAGAGAGGCGACUUCAUUCCUGGGCUGAGGGUAGAUGGAAUGGAUAUCCUGUGUGUCCGGGAGGCCACAAGAUUUGCAGCUGCCUAUUGUAGAUCUGGAAAGGGGCCCAUACUGAUGGAGCUGCAGACUUACCGUUACCAUGGACACAGCAUGAGUGAUCCUGGAGUCAGUUACCGUACACGAGAAGAAAUUCAGGAAGUUAGAAGUAAGAGUGACCCUAUCAUGCUUCUCAAGGAUAGGAUGGUGAACAGCAAUCUUGCCAGUGUUGAAGAACUAAAGGAAAUUGAUGUUGAAGUGAGGAAAGAAAUUGAGGAUGCUGCCCAGUUUGCUACAGCUGAUCCUGAACCACCUUUGGAAGAACUCGGCUAUCACAUCUACUGCAGCGAUCCGCCUUUUGAAGUCCGGGGUGCAAACCAGUGGAUCAAGUUUAAGUCCAUCAGCUAAUGCGAGAUGGUUACACCUUCAGUGGGCUAUUCGGCAGCAACUGUAAGGAAUGCUUUGGGUUCUCAACUGUGUUAAGGAGGAAGAAAACCCGUAGAAAGAAAGUGUAGAUUUAGAUAGAUAGAUAGUGUAAUUGCAUGUGGUUUGUACAGUGUUGCAUUAAAAGAUAUAAUGUCUUUUAAUGUUAUAGCUUAAGGAUAGUAUGGAUCUUAUAAAGGUUAUUUAGUUAUGUAGGUUGAAAAUAGGUAAUAAGAGUUUGCUUAACCCUCCUUCAAAUUACUUCUUUAAAAUAGUUCUAUUUGGUUUAGUUGUAUACUAGUUUAACAAAUACUUUCUUAGUUACUAAAAGGAAAACAAUUCCUUAUAUGCCUGUCCAACUCUGCCACCUUUUUAUGGGGCGAGAUCAUGGUCCUGUCCCUCCCAGUGCCCAGCAGCUUACCUGGUGUACCCUAGCGUGCACACACGCCCCCGUUCGUGUGCAUGUCGGUGCUGAAGCCUGUUCACACUGAACCAUCAUUCCUCUCCUUAAUAAAACACAAUAUUUAUUAUAACCAGGCAGGGGUGGAAGGACAAUUCGAUUUUUAAAUAAGACUACUUCAUUUUAAAGGCCAAAUAACUUAGUUUUCUCCAUUUAUACAUUCAGUAUAAAUAUGAAGCUAUUUUCUUAAUAGUUUUCUAUUUACAUUCAUAUCAAACAUUAAAUACAAGGCAUAUUCUUAUCAAUUUUAUCUUUUUUUUUUGUUUCUGCUUUAUAACAAAGUGAAUCAGUCAUACAUAUACAUCUGUUCCCCCAUCCCUUCCCUCUUGCGUCUCCCUCCCUCCCACCCUCCCUAUCCCACCCCUCCAGGCGGUCACAAAGCACCGAGCUGACCUCCCUGUGCUAUGCGGCUGCUUCCCACUAUCUAUCUACCCUACGUUUGGUAGUGUAUAUAUGUCCAUGCCUCUCUUUCGCUUUGUCACAGCUUACCCUUCCCCCUCCCCAUAUCCUCAAGUAGGUCUGUGUCUUUAUUCCUGUUUUACCCCUAGGUUCUUCAUGACUUUUUUUUUCUUAAAUUCCAUAUAUAUGUGUUAGCAUACGGUAUUUGUCUUUCUCUUUCUGAGUUACUUCACUCUGUAUGACAGACUCUGGGUCUAUCCACCUCAUUACAAAUAGCUCAGUUUCGUUUCUUUUUAUGGCUGAGUAAUAUUCCAUUGUAUAUAUGUGCCACAUCUUCUUUAUCCAUUCAUCUGAUGAUGGACACUUAGGUUGUUUCCAGCUCCGGGCUAUUGUGAAUAGAGCUGCAAUGAACAUUUUGGUACAUGUCUCUUUUUGAAUUAUGGUUUUCUCAGCAAUUUUAUCUUUUUUGAAUUUUAAGUGCAAUUCCAGUUAAUAGUAAUGUAUGGAAUGUAUAAUCUAAAACAGUGAUUCCCAGCCUUUUUGUUACUUUCAACACCUGUUGUUUCACCUUUCCAGCAAAUAUUUUUCCAUUGAAGUAAAUUUAAAUUCAUUUUUAAGGGCUUCCCUGGUGGCGCAAUGGUUGAGAGUCCGCCUGCCGAUGCAGGGGACACGGGUUCAUGCCCCAGUCUGGGAAGAUCCCACAUGCCGCGGAGCGGCUGGGCCUGUGAGCCAUGGCCACGGAGCCUGUGCUCCGCAACAGGAGAGGCCACAACAGUGAGAGGCCCGCGUACCGCCAAAAAAAAAAAUUCAUUUUUAAGGAUUCCCUAAUACUCUGGGAUGUCAAGAGCAGGUUUUACAAUCACUGUUUUCACAAUACACUACUGCGAACACUUACCCAAGACUGCGCUAAACGCUUCACGGGGCUUGGUCUCACAGACACUACUCAGGACAGAUGUGUUACCCUCGUAUCACUCAGGGCAAAAGGUGCCUUCCUGCUGUGUCCAGCAGCAGCUAAGGCAUCUCUGUCCUACAAGGGCAGGCGUGUCUGCAGGAGCUGUGUGUGUGUCAGCCAUUCGCAGUCAGGUGCUGGCUGCUGUCUCAUGACUAAUUCUACUGAGAUGGAAGAUAACAAUAAUGACCCUGGAAAGGAGUAACCUUUGAACCCAUAUAUAACAUUUUAUGAAUUUGGUGAUUAUAAACCUUACCAGAAACACACUUUAAAAAGUGCUAAGUACUAC